AAACGGUAGCAGGUUGAGUGGGUGACAGCGGCUAGCAUCACACUUCAGCCGUGAAACAGCGGACGUCAGCUAAGUUAACAGGAAACAGCGGGUGAAUUAAUGUUGUAGACAGUUGAACAGACCGUCUGCCAAAAGGAUAAAACGUUAUUUCUGAGUACGGUGAGGAUGUCUGUCCCGGCAGGAGAGGGAUGAAGAUGACACCACUGUUAUGGCGAGUUGUGUCAGUGUGGCUAUGUAUGGCUGUGCUCUUUCGGUACCCUAGUUGCUAUGUCGGUUGCACGGAGUCGCACCAGGAGGCCCAGGGGCCCGUGUCCUCACAGGAGGUCGGUACGGAGGAAGAGUCAGGGGAGAAGAUUCAUCAGCACAAGGUUGAGGAAAGCUGGGUCUUACCUUCCCAGCCCCCAUCUGAAGAUGAGCAGCUGAUAGAGGAUGAUCAGCAAAAACAGGAGCAGAUAAUCCAAGAGGUGGACAAGAAACAAUCUUUAGAGGCCUUUGAAGCAGAGGAGCCUGCUGUAGAAGAAGAGCUGGAGGCAGACAAAGGAAUUUCACAACCUGAACCAGAACCUGAGCAAAGCUCUGAAAAUCAGCAUCCGGAAACCUCCAUCACUCCAGACCAGGCAUCACUGCUGCCUUCCUCUCACCCUGUCUCUGAACUUGCUGCUGAGCUUGAAGAUAAUGCAAACACCAUCAACCUUCAGGACAACAUCCCAGAUAAGCAAGAUAUUAUUACCAACAGUGUUUCAGAUGAUGCGGUUGACGUAGCUGCACCCGAGGUCAUUGAUUCUGACCUGCCUCCAGCUGACUGUGAGGAGGAGAAGAACCCAUAUGACAAUGAUAGCAGUCCUCCAAUUGUUCUGGAGAACACUUCCAAUGUUCACACUGCAGGUACUAAAACCCACACGGACCCACCUCUGACUUCUAAGACUGGUCCUGGCACACAGCCUCUAGAGGCCAACACCUCACACAUGCUGAAAAAGCAGGACCCGAGCUCCCCUGUUACCACAGGCACAGAUUCCAGUCCGAGCAGCAAAGACCCCGAGGACAUCCCCACUUUUGAUGAGUGGACGCGGAAGAUGAUGGAGGUCGAGAAUGAAAAGACUCAGUCUACUCAUUCUUCCAACAACGGGGCUCCUCACACGGUGAAGAAGGUCCAGAAGAACUUUAAUAACUACGCCUCAGUGGAGUGUGGAGCUAAGAUCCUUGGCGCUAACCCAGAGGCAAAGAGCACUUCAGCCAUACUGAGGGAGAACAUGGACUUGUACAUGUUAAACCCCUGUAGUAAUAAAAUCUGGUUCAUCAUUGAGCUCUGUGAGCCCAUCCAGGUGAAGCAGCUGGACAUCGCUAACUUUGAGUUAUUCUCUUCUACGCCCAAGGACUUUCUCGUCUCCAUCAGUGACAGAUAUCCGACAAACAAGUGGCUGAAGCUGGGAACCUUUCAUGCCCGGGAUGAACGCACAGUCCAGAGCUUCCCAUUGGACGAGCACCUCUAUGCUAAAUAUGUGAAGAUGUUCACCAAGUACAUAAAGGUAGAGCUGGUCUCUCACUUUGGCUCUGAACAUUUCUGCCCUCUCAGUCUCAUAAGGGUGUUUGGCACAAGCAUGGUGGAAGAGUACGAGGAGAUCGCUGAUCCAGCAGAAAGACCAGAUGAUCAGGAUGAUGAUUUGGAUUAUCCUCCUGGAUACGCACCUGGUGAAGUCAAGUUAUCCAAGAACCUGAUUGGAUCAGCAAAGGAUGUCAUCUUGAACAUGGUAAAUAACAUUGCCGUCAAUGUUCUCGGUGGAAGCCCAGAAAUGCAAGGCAACCUUUCAUCACAGGAAGUGAACAUGACUGAGCCAUCAUCCCAACUUGAAACUACCCCUCAAACUACCACUACAGACCUCACCUCAGUUCCAGACACACAAGUGGAAGAGGUUUUACCAGACCCUGAUAUCCCUGAAACUGUAGCCCCAUCCUCAGAGACCUCUGAGCCAGAGACGCCUACCGAAGAUACAAGCAAACAAGAGCUCCCCCCAGUGGAGGAAAAAAUAAUCAUUCCUUUAGAGAAAGAUGAAGAAGAGCCCAUCAGCUCUACAAUCAUCCUUUUGGAUAAGGAGGAGGAGUUGGAUGAAGAAAAGGAGAAAAGGGAUCAACAUAAGCGACAACAAAAAAUCCAGAACUACUGUUCACUACUUCCUUCUCUUUCUUCCUCGUGCUCUUGUGCAGCAUCCCUCCAGGAGUAUCUGCAUAGGCAGUGUUCAGCUCUGCUCUCCAAAAAACGGAGAUGCCAAAUUGUGAACAGAAAGCAAACGAUUCCUCCCAUCCAAACACCCACUUGGCACCUACCCCCAUCCCCAUCUGCUUGCCCUGAACCCGAGCAGCACCAUAGUGAGGUACACCAGCCCCAUGAACAAGAACAAGCCUCUGAACAGGAGCCAGAGAGCGGAGCCAGCCCGGCGGAAACGCCUCCGGGGAAAACAGUCGAAUCUCAUAAAGAGUCUAUGUCCGAACCUCCUCUGCUGGAGCCCAGUCAAACCUCGAACCUCCCCACACCCAGUGCCACUGACUUAUCCUCUGCCAAAGCUACCCCUAUUGUGGAGACACCACAGCUGUCUUCUGAGGAACCAGUGAGGGAGCUGAAGCCAGAAAAGAGCCAGGAUGUGCUGGCUGAAGAGAAGCACAUUGAGCCUUCAGUGUCUCUUAGUAGCUCCGUCUCUGUAAAACCUGGUGUCAGUGCCACAGUGGAUGUCGCCUCAGUGGCACCAACAGAGAAGUCUGACAUUGAGGUUUCUAAACCAGAGAUAAACACCCCCAUCCAAACCCCAGAAAAGACAGAUGAAUCCCAAGUUCUCCAUCCCACCACCCCCCCUCAGUUAGAGCAUCACCCUGACCCUCCAGUUGUCCCUGACAGUAGUACUGUUCCCACUGAGCCUACCCACCCUGCUCCAGACACCAUUACAGAACUUGAGCCCUCUGGUGGUCCCCUGGUCAUCACAGAAAAUAAGAUCGAGGAUUUUGCCGAAGACAUCACUACAUCAUCAACUGGCAAACCUUCCUCGCCUACCACACCGUCCCUCUCAGACAUCUAUGCAGAGCCCCCCAACGGCACGGAGCAGAACGGGAACCCAGUGCACGGCUCCAGCCAGAAGGAGUCUGUGUUCAUGAGACUCAACAACCGCAUCAAGGCCCUGGAGAUGAACAUGUCACUGAGUGGACGCUACCUGGAGCAGCUAAGCCAGAGGUAUCGAAAGCAGAUGGAGGAGAUGCAGAAGGCUUUCAACAAAACCAUCAUUAAACUCCAGAACACGUCUAGAAUAGCAGAGGAGCAGGACCAGCGUCAGACUGAGUCCAUUCAUAUGCUGCAGGGCCAGCUGGAGAAUGUGACUCAGCUGGUUCUCAACCUGUCUGUCAGAGUCAGCCAGCUGCAGAAUGAGGUUGCAGACAGGCAGAACUACCUUCUGCUGUCUCUGGUGGUGUGUCUGUGUCUUGGCCUGCUGCUGUGUGUCAACCACUGCCGCAUCAACACAAUUUCUCCAACCGCAGAACCAGAGCCACCCAUACCUAAAAGCUACACCUACUGCUGUCCUGAAAGGCAGUUCUCUUCCUGUGAUGAGACGGGCUUGAAGAGGAGCGCUUCCUAUCCACUCAUACACACACUCGCCACCACUGAAGGCCCUGAAAUGCUGCACGCAGAGGAGACGCAGAGUCUUUGUCCAGCUAACAGAAAGAGGAGACGCCGUAAGAUGAAACCCAUGGAGAAAGUGGAGACUCUGAAACCUUCUUUUCACGCAGCUCCUGAACUGUGUAACGGAGCUGUUGUGUGUAACGGUGCACCCAUCACCACAAACCCCACCCCCCUCACAAAAAGGUUACUUCCACCUCUGUUUAGAGACUCGCCAUCAGAGGUCAGCUCGGAGGGCUCGUCACAUUCAGACGACCCCUCCUUCUGUGGCAUCACCAGAGCUUGCAGCCGGAUCUGUGACGGGCUCCCUCCACCCAAGACCCGGGCGGAGAAACGGGCAUUAAGACGCAGGCGUCCAAAGCCCAGCUGCGCGGUGGUAGACUUUCUUCAAGCCCCACGGAGGGACAGGAGCGAACCAUUGCCCAUCUCUACCAUACAGGACAUCAUGAACAGGAAAACGGAGCAAAGCUCUGGGACAUGUGGGGUGAACGUCGCCCUCUCGGGUCCUGUUUGACGGGACUCCACUCCUUCUCACUGACUGCUCAGCUCUUUCCAAAAGAGGACGGAUGUUCAUUUGUGUAGCCACAGGCAGCUCUGAGCUUCGACAUGAGACAAUCCCUUCACUCUUACUUUUGUUUUCUGUUCAUGUUCUCGUCAGAUGUUUAUAUUUGUUAUACUUCACAGCAAAGAAAUGUCUUCCCAGCUUUCCAUUAAAGCUCUUUCUCUUUGGUUUGGAAACUGUGA